CCCCCAAACUGUUCUCUCCCACUCCCAGCACCCCACACUGCUCUCUUCCUACUCCCAGCGCCUCACUCUGCUCUUCCCUACUCACAGCAACUCACCCUGCUCUUCCCUACUCCCUUACACCUCACUCUGCUCUUCCCUACUCCCAGCACCCCACACUGCUCUCUUCCUACUCCCAGCACCUCACUCUGCUCUUCCCUUCUCCCUUACACCUCACUCUGCUCUUCCCUACUCCCAGCACCUCACUCUGCUCUUCCCUACUCCCAGCACUCUCACACUGUUCUCUUCCCACUCUCGGGACUGUCACAGCUCUCUCCCCCAACUCCCAGAAGUCUCAAUUGCCCCUUUCUAAUACUUUACAAGUGAGGCCACUGGAUCCCCAUCACUGUGAAACUGCCCCGUGUGGGGAAUGGGGCAACUGCGCAGGUAUUGGUUGUUGGGCUCUGCGCUGGUAGAGACGCUGCUGUUUUCUGGAUGUCUCCUGGGCUGGAAUUCCCUGAGCCCCAUCCUGCUGGAACUUGGGGUGCUCUCGUCUCACUGCCACCCAGAUGGAGCCCAAGCUCACGAAAAUGGAGACUUGGAGGGCCCCCUAACACCACCCAUGGCUGAGACAGAUGAAGGAUCACCUCUGAAGCCUUUGCCAGCUGUCUGCACCCUACAAGAACAAGGACUAAACUUGGGGUUCAUGUUGGGUUCCCUCUUUCUUGGAGUAACCUUCCUGUCCCUGCAGAUUCUCAUGGGUUAUGCCCAGCUAAGGACACUGCGCCAGACUGGAGGGGCCCUGAUAUCAGUCGGCUGCUUGAUGGUGGGAUGUGCAUGUACAAAUCCUCAUGGUCUAUCCUUACUCCUGCCCUUUGCCCUGGUGCUUCUGGGAGUUGGAGGAAGCUGCAUUCUCUUUACCUCCCUCAUGCUCCCCCUCUUUAUGGGAAAUAACGAGUGGCUUUAUAAUUCGCUGGUCAUCGGAUGCUUCACCGCUUCAGCCACAGUCUUUACCCUGAUGAAGGUGGCCUACAAUGCUGGUGUCCCCUUUGUGCCUCUAUUGGUGGCAUAUGGAGCCCUGUCCUGCGCAAUGUGCUUGAAUGGAUGUAUUUGUUGGCGGCUGGAGCAGAAUGGAGAAGGAAAGAAGAACAAGUACAGUAUCCAGCUGCAGUUGACCUGUUGUGAGACUGGGCAGAAGAAGGAAGAGAACAGUGCGUGGUACAGGGAAUCCCUGAAGUACAAGUUUGAGACAUCCCUAAGGGACCGAGAGAGAAUCUUGAGCCGCAGGAAGAAGUUACAUUUCAAGAGGCCAGAGGAGCCAAGUUCUCCUCUCCUGCGGAGUAGCCUGCUUUCUCCUGUGUUUGUGCUUCACCUCCUCUCUGACUCUCUGCUCCAGACAUGGCUCCACUUUUAUAUCUCGUCUCUGAACCUGCAGCUCUCUGCCCUGUACUCCUCAUUGUUUGGGGCACUACAGAUGUUGGGAUUGUUCUCUGCCCCUCUGAUCUCCGUUCUGCUCCACCGACAAAAAGACAUAAAUAAAGGAACAAGAACAACCAGCAAAGGGAGACUGUUGAUUUGCUUCAUACUCCGGAUUUUCACCGCCUCUGGGUUUGGCAUUGCAUGUCUCAUCCCGUCACUGGGGGUUCAGGUAGUUGCCUUCAUCCUCCAUGUGGUGACGAGAAGUUCCACGUUCAUUCUCAGUGUGGAGUUGUACAACUGUGUGUUCCCCAGGAGUCACUUUGGCUCUCUCUUUGGAAUCCACACUUUCUGCUCCUCACUGGCAACUGCCUUCCAGCAUCCACUCUUUCUCCUCACCACAGGGCCACUGGAAGGAAACCCAUUUUGGAUACACGCCACAUUCCUCAUGUCCUGUUCCUUAUACAUCUCUGUCCCACUGUCCCUCUGGAUUGGGCAGCGUCGUAGGCGAGACAUUUCCCAGCCCAUCAUGCUCCAACCAAUAGGGGCCCGCCCCAGCAUCCACACCCCUAUAUGAUAAAGCUCCCAAUAAGAGGCUAACUAUUGAACCCCCCGCAUACUGGUCAUUGGGGCACAUAAGGAAAAGUAACCACGCACUUCUUGUCUUUGUUUAUUCCAAUAAAUUUUACCAUGAUGUUUUUUAAAAAACAUAAAAGGAAAUGGAAAAACAAACAAAAAAAUAUCUAACAACCCAUCAGCCCUCCAGCCCCAGGCAGGAUCACAGUCCCAUCAAUUUCUCCUCCCCAAAGGCUUCUCCUCCUGGUCCCUUCUCUCACGCUUCUGGACCCUGAACAACAGAACAAAUCAAUGCAACUGAAGAACUUUUCACAAGAUGGAGACAACACAGCCUUUCCCCUGCUUCUGUACAACCUUCUGCCAUGGGGGCGAUAAACUUGCUCAGUACAGGGUCAUAUGAUUUACCCCACCUCCAGCAGUGGAAGUCUCUCAUGAGCAGGAGUCAGAUAUUAGAGCACUUAACCCCCCAAAGUCUGAUGCCACUUUUAACCAAGGAGCACAAAACCUGUAAAGGGCCCACAAACACAACUGAUGCUCAGAGAAGUGGCACCAUUUUCAGCUCUGCUGGUGGAAGUAGAAAAGGCCACAGUGCUGCAGAGUUCUGUUCCAGAGAACCAGAGUGGAAAGCAGAAAAACAGAUGGAGAAAUGGAAGGGGACCAGAAGGGUUGA